AUGACAUCCUACUUCUCACGGCUCAGUCCGAUUCCAGGAUUUCCAGAAUAUACUGGACCUCAUAAAGUAGGAACAAUUGAUGUCGAAAUCCCUAUCUCAGAACUCGAUUCACCGUCUCAAGCACCAAGUAAUGCAGAAAAUAUCCCAACGAUUCAAUAUCGAAUCUUCUACCCAUGCGAUGCGGAAUCGAAACAUAAAGGAAAGAGUGUGAAUUGGAUACCUGCGCCCCAGAGAGAUUAUAUAAGUGCAUAUUCGAGAUUUCUAGGAGCUGGUAGUACAUUGGCAGAGGUUAUCUCAUAUUUCCCUAGACUUCUUCAUUAUGUUACAAUUCCCGUCCGAAAGAAUGCGCCACUUCUCCAACCAAAAACAAGCAAUAAUCGUUGGCCUGUUAUGAUAUUCUCGCAUGGCCUGGGUGGUUCAAGAAAUGCAUAUUCACAUAUAGUGGGAUCAGUAGCAAGUCAUGGCAUGAUAGUUAUUGCACCCGAACAUCGUGAUGGUUCAACACCUAUAUCAUAUAUUCGAGAACCAACCUCCGAUGUUUCCGCGACGGAAAAGGAGAAAUUGCCCAAGAAAAAUGCAAAAAAGACGGUCGAUUAUGUUAGAUUAUCACAUACUCCAAGUCCAGAAGUUGAAGAAGGAAGAAAUGAACAAUUGAAAAUUCGACUCUGGGAAAUAGGAUUGAUUCAUGAUAGUUUAUUAAAGAUGGAUGAGGGAGAGAAACUUACCAAUCUCAACACAUCUUCUACUUCAUUAUCAAUAUUCAAAGAUCAAAUGAAUGUUCAUGAACCUGGCAAAAUUACUUUUGCAGGACAUUCUUUUGGAGCAGCAACGGUGGUACAAUUCAUAAAAUCAGUUUUCUACUCACCUGAGGCUUCUUCCGCUCCCAAAUCUUACAAACCGAUUUAUUCACCCUCUCCAAAUUCUCCUAUUUGCUCUCAAAUUACACCCAACAAUCCGAUUGUCCUUCUAGAUUGUUGGUGCUUUCCUCUCCGUUCCCAGGCAACCCGCUGGCUAUGGGAUCAUCCUCUUCCAUCAUAUGCACCUUCAGGUCCUGGUGGUUCUGCAAUCCUUGCAGUAGAAUCGCAAGCCUUUUAUAAAUGGACCGAGCAUUUCAAUGCAACCAAACGUCUUCUUUCCGCCGGCCCAUCUUCCCAUAAUCCAUCCAGUAAUGGAAAAUCAGAACCUCAUUUUUAUUAUCCUACAUCAAGCGCACAUUUGAGUCAAUCAGAUUUCGGCAUUCUUUUCCCAUGGGUUACGAAAAAGGUUUUUGCAGCAGAGGAACCAGAAAGGAUUAUGAGAUUAAAUGUUAGAGCUGUGAUGCAAUUAGUUAGGGAGAGAGGAAUAGAAGUCGGUAAAACUUCUAAGAAAGAUUUGGAACUCGAGGGAGAUGAAGAGGAAACAAACGAUGAUUUCAAAAUCUUUGGAAAGGAUGGAGGGAUUAGAGGAUGGAAUUGGUUGAGUAUUUCUGAGGGUGAUGUAGGGAUAAAUGUAGAUGAGGGAGAGGAAUCAGAAAUUGCGGAUAAGAAAUUAGAUGAAAAACAAGUUGAGGUUGGAAAAGGAGGGGAUGAAGGAGAGAUUAAGAAACCGAUGGAUAUCGAACCUGCGGAGGUGGUAGUGGGGAAUGAGGUUACUACUGGUGCGGGGUCGAAAAUGUAG